CUUUUAGUACAUAUAAACCAUUAAAAUUCCGUAACAUUAAUUUUAAAUACGGGACAACUUAAACUGCAAUGCAAGCUUAAUUAAAAUGAGCUAUCAGAAGUUAAUCAAGACAUAUCAAAUACGCAUGAUUGAUUAUGUCACUCAAAGAAUAUAAAUAACCACUUCGUUUAUAUUCAACUUUUUUAUUAUUUUGUUUUCUUUGUAUAAAAUACAUUAGCUAUCCCAGUAGGUACUUAUAAUACCUUUUUCAUCGUUUAAAUACUUUUCAAACAUUACCGAUAUUCACACAUACGUACUAUUUAAUUAUAGGAAUGAAUUCAAGAACAGAGAAAAAAUGAUUGGACGUUCAUAUUUCAGUUUCAGCGCUACAGUUCAAGGAUAAGCCAUGUACACAAGAAACAAGGACAAUAAAAAAGCUUCGUGGUCAAUUAGAACAGUUUAAAAUUUUUCACUUUAGUGCGGUAUACUGAGCGCUAAUGCAAAUAUGUUGGAAGAUGAAACCACCUUCAUAGCAAACCAAAAUGAAUAUAUGAGAAAAGAAUUGUGUAACUUAUAUAAAAGUAAUAAGUUUUCAGAUUGUAUAUUUUUGAUAGGAAAUGAAAAGAUACCAGCUCAUAAAUUAAUUCUUGCUCUAAACAGUCCCGUUUUUGAAAGAAUGCUUUAUGGCCCUCUCUCAUCAAAUGAAAUUGAAAUAGUUGACAUUGAAGUUCAAGAAUUUAAGCAAAUGCUAGAAUAUAUCUAUUUGCAUAAAGUAAAAAUAGAGUCGAUACCUAAUGCUUGGAAACUUUUAUAUGUGAGUAGGAAGUACUUCUUGAAUGAGUUGUAUCAGUUGUGUACAAGCUACAUUAUAAGUAAUCUCAAUAUAAGUAAUUUACUUUUAAGUUAUGAAUAUGCUGACUUUUUUAAUAUAACACCAGUGAUAACAAAAUGCCAAAAUGACAUUGUUCAUUUUCCUACUGAAGUAUUGUCGAGCAGUUAUCAUUUGCAACCUUGUACUUUUACUAAGCUGUUACUUUUUAUCUAUCCCUUCAUAUCAGUCAGUCAAAUUCAAGAGCUUAUUAACACAUGGACUGCUGAAGAAUGUAAAAUUCAUAAUGUUAAGGUUACAGAAUGUAAUAAAGUCAAAUUAUUACAUGAAGCAGGAAUUUCUAAAUUUAUGUUAAUUAAUAUUUUACAAAAUUGUGUAGAUAAAAAGGAUGAAAUUAAUUCUACACUGCAUACUCACUACCUCAAACUGCGAGCAGAAUAUAAAGUUGACAGAAUUGUCCCUUUCAAAUACAAUUGUUCUUUUGUAACUGAAGUUAAAACAAAUCAAAAUGUAUUAGUAUUAGGAGUUGCUUUGCAAACUGGAGAAGCUCGUCCACCUUGUUCAUUAAAGUGUUCUGUAAUUGUAACUGUUUUAAAACGUGACGAUAAGCUGUAUCAAGUUAGUAAUGUUUUAUCUAAUUGCUAUGUUAAAUUUCGUAAUUCAGUGAUUUUGUCGCCUAAUGAAACUUAUAAAUUUGUUAUCACGUAUAUUUUGGAUUCUGAUGUUUAUUGUGGAGUAACAUCUCUUUAUAUGGAUUCGUGCCUAAGAAAUAAGAAGAAUGGGACUUUUUUUGAGUUCUGUGAUGAUCCUAAGGGUUCCGUUUUAAAAGGGCUCUCCUUUUAUUUAGUUUAAAUCUUUACUAGAUUAAGUUUACAGUGAAGAUCUGAUUGUUAAUUUUUAUUUUAGUUUUUUGACCAUUUAAUCAAAACAUGUUAAGUGCUACCUAGGAAAAUUAAUUUAUUAAGAGCACCAUAUAUUUACACUGAUUUUAAAUUUUAAUAAUUUAAUUUUUAGUUUCA